UGGGGGAGAUGUUAGUAGAGCCAACAAGUGCUAGGUGAGGUUUCCGAGGUGAUCGAUGCAACGUGUGUCUCUGGAGGUUACGAGUGGCAGGUUCGGACACUCAGUGAAAGGUACCUGGGCGUGAUACAUCUAGCGGCCCCUCCAGUAAGCAGGAAGGAAUAUCUUUCGACAACCACCACCACCGCCACCACCACCACCACCACCACUAAAAUGAAUCACGAUCUUAGUAGACAAACCACCACCACCACCACCACCACCACCUAUCUCCUGCCUCUCCUGCUACUGCUCCUACUAUUGGGGACUCCUCACACAGUUGACGCCAGACGCAUCAAGAAUAACGAAGUUUUGGGAUGCAACGAGGUGAUGGAGGCGUGGCGGGGCAGGGACGGCCACUGGAUGGGCAUGAACGGCUCCCUCAUCAGCCCUAACUUCCCCAUGCCCUACCCGUCCCGCCUACAGUGCCGCGUGGACCUUAAGGCGCCGCAGCAACACCGCAUCAGGCUUCGCUUCACGCACUUUUACCUCUACCACCCGCUCAACUCCUCGCACAGAAACUGUGAGGUAAUGGACUCCCUGACGGUGAGCGAGAGUCCCACAAGCAAGCUGGGGACUUUCUGCGGCGUCGGGAACCCUCUGCCCAUCAUGUCCUCCGGGUCCUUUCUCAGCCUCGUCUUUAGAAGCUUAACCUCGGGUCCUCAUGUCACUGGUUACCGCGCCAUCUACACGUUUCUCAGAGAUUUUGGAUUGACGUCUGGCCGCCAGCUGCCUCACCACCCCUGCACCUUCGAGUUCAAUUCCACUGAGUACCCAAGCGGAGAGAUCCACAGCCCCAACCCAGGAGGCAAGUACCCGAGGAACACUGUCUGCCAUUACGUCUUCCACGGCCGCAGCGAUCAAAGACUCAGGCUGGAUUUUAAGUUCCUGGACGUGGAGGGUGUGGCGCCGUGCUCCUUAGACAGCGACAGUGACUUCGUGGAGUUUAGCAGCCACCCGGGGGAACAUGAAUACGUGCUACCGCGGAGAUGUGGACGCUUCGCUCCUAAGGCAGUGGAGUCCGAGGGGUCCUUCCUGCGAGUAACCUUCAGAAGCAACCACAAAUUCGAGGGCAUGGGGUUUGCGGCCGUCUUCAAAUUCUUUACACCCAAGGACAAGAAGACUCCCGGCCACGUGCAGCCUUUGUCCGUGGCAGCGUCAGGCAGCGGCGACGUGUGGCUGUGGCGGCGUGACAGGUGGUGGGCGGCGACUGUAGCGAGAGUGUGUGGGGUUCUCCUCCUCCUGCGCCUUCUGUAGCGUUGGUUUUAUCAUUACUAUUAUUAUCAUUGUCAUCCUUAUCAUCCUUAUUAUUUUUAUUAUUCGUAUUAUUGGUAUUAUUAUAAGGAUAAGUGUGUGUUGAUGUAUUAUAGUGUGAAUAAUAAAAGAUGUAUAUUUAUUUUAAUGA